UCUCUUUCCCACUCUUCUCAUUUCCUGUUUUUUCUCUUUCUCCCCAAUUCCCAGAUCUUCUUUUCUUUCUUGCUAUACCACUGCAGACACCGUUAACAAAACAAACAAAAACUCCAAGAUCAUGUCCAUAAGCAUAAUAUCACCGUCCCACUGCACAGACUCAACUAUAGCAAACCCAAAUUAGACCCAAUUCCCAGAUCUAAACGCCUCUGUUCUUCCCACUCUUCUCUUUAUCCUUCUUCCCAAUUCCGAAUCUCUCUGAUACCUACAGACCUCGUCACUGUACGUAUAUCUAAUCCGUGCGUGUGUAUUAUGCGUAUAAUUUCAUAUGUGAAAAUGGAGAACCCGAACCCGGAGGUGAAUCAGCUUCCAGAAGCGGACUCGUUGCCUGAUGGGUUUGUCGAAUCCUCUUCUGCGGAGCCAUUGAAGGAGUCGGUGACGGAUUAUAAGGAAGAAAAAUUACUGGAGCCCGAUUCACUGCCCGAAGUUGUCAUAGGAGAUGGCGGUUCGUCUUCGAGUAAAUUAGUUGAGAAUGCGGGGGAUCGAAGUCAAUCAACGGCUAUGGCAAAUGUUAUCGCAGCUCCUGGUGAAGGACAUGUUAAACAGAAAUCUACUGAAGGCGUAGAAUUACAAACGGUUGCUUUAGGGGAGAUUUCAGGGGCUGGAAGUGCUGAAAACAACAAAAAGGAGGCCCCUGAAGUGAAGCGUAAAAAUGUAAAGCGUACCUUCAAGUCAGAGAAGGAGUUUUUGGAGUUCACUUUGAAGUAUCAACAAGUAAUUGCUGAGAGAGAUUCUGCUGUUGCUGUUAGAGAUAAACUUGAGUCAUUGUGCCGGGAGUUACAACGUCAAAAUAAAUUGUUAAUGGAUGAAUGUAAACGAGUGUCAACAGAGGGUCAAAAUUUGAGAUUAGAUCUGUCAAACAAGUUCCAAGAUGCCAUUAAGGAAGUAAGCAGUAAGCUGGAGGAGCAGAAAGAUGAAUGCAUAUCUCAGCUAAAAGAGAAUGAGAUGUUAAAGACCAAGUUAAAACAACUUGUUGAUCAAUAUGCUCUUUCUGAGCAACAACAUGCACAACAGCUGAAACAGAAAACACUUGAACUUCAGCUUGCUGAUUUGAAACUUCAGCAACAUGAAGAGAAAUUGAAGCAGGAGCAGUCCCAGAUGAAACUAUAUGCAGAACAAGUGGCACAACUUUUAGCAACUGAAAAGAAUUUGAGGUUGCAAUUAACAGCUGAUGGUGAAAAGUUCCAACAGUUCCAGGAAGCAUUAUUGAAAAGCAAUGAGGUUUUUGAAACAUUUAAGCAAGAAAUUGAGAAGAUGGCAAAAUCAAUAAAAGAACUCAAAAAGGAAAACACCUUCUUGAAGAGUAAAUGUGAAAAAUCAGAUGUUACUCUUAUAGAACUUGCUGAUGAGCGUGAACGCAUGAAGAAACAACUAGAGAAAACAAGAAAUCAGAAGGAAAAGCUUGAAUCGCUAUGUCGGUCCCUCCAAGCAGAGAGAAAAACACAUUCUGUUCAAAGCAGUAGCUCAGAUUCGAUCCCAGCAUGAGCAUCCAUAAAUGAAUGUAUCUGCUUUAGUAGCAUUCACAACUUACAGACCAUAACUGUUCUUCCAUGUUUCCAUUGUGGUCUAGUAAAGGUUGUGCCAAUGAAUUUUGGUGGGAGAGUUAGGUGGAGUUGUAAUGUUCAAAUAUGCAUAUCCGAUGUAUAUUAUGUCUUGCCAAGAAUUCUCACAAUCAGUUUUUGAAUUAGGUUAGUAGAUGAUUUUUUUUUUCCUGGCUUGUUUCACUUGCUUUCUCAUUCCAAGAUUAAAUUUUUGUCAAGUGUAAUAAUGCUUCAUCUCCGCUUUCUCUC